GGGCGGUGGUAGGACGCACCGCGCUCGGGACUGACGUAAAGGGCGAGUCGCGUCGCGCUCGGGACUGACGUAAGGACCGGAUACUUCGCCGCUGCGGCGGCUGCCGGCUCCGGUGUUAUGGAGCGCUAUACCAACGCCUUGGAGGAGGUGGCAGACGGGACCCGGCAGCAGGAACGGCACUACCAGCUGCUGUCUGCGCUGCAGAGCCUGGUCAAGGAGCUGCCCAGCUCGUUCCAGCAGCGCCUGUCCUACACGACGCUCAGCGACCUGGCCCUGGCGCUGGUGGACGGCACCGUGUUCGAGAUCGUGCAGGGGCUACUGGAAAUCCAGCACCUCACCGAGAAGAGCCUGUAUAACCAGCGCCUGCGCCUGCAGAAUGAGCACCGAGUACUCAGGCAGGCCCUGCGGCAGAAACAUCAAGAAGCCCAGCAGGCCUGCCGGCCCCACAACCUGCCAGUGCUCCAGGCGGCCCAGCAGCGUGAGCUGGAGGCGGCAGAGCACCGGAUCCGUGAGGAGCAGCGGGCAAUGGACCGGAAGAUCGUCCUGGAGCUGGACCGGAAGGUGGCCGACCAGCAGAGCACACUGGAGAAAGCAGGGGUGGCUGGCUUCUACGUGACCACCAACCCUCAGGAGCUGGUGCUGCAGAUGAACCUGUUGGAACUCAUCCGGAAGCUGCAGCAGAGGGGCUGCCCAGUGGGCAAAGCAGCACUGUGACUGGGGAGUCCUUACCAGCCACCCGCUGCCCAGCAUGGCUGGGAAGUCCGCCCCAACCCCCAAGCAUCAGAGAGCUGAGCACAGCUCAUCUUCCUGAUGUUGGCCCCUGCCUUCCCAGCUGCCAGAAGACUCCUCUUCUGGAGAGAGGCCUGGUGGACUCCAGCUGCCUGUUACCCACUUUGAAAUUUUUGGACCAAGUACCAAGAUGGUGAUGUAAAGGGGAGGCAGGCCCAGCCUGCCCACCAUCUGCCCCAGGGCCAGGUAGAGUUGGGGCUAGAGGUUCUGGCGCCUUCUCACACCACAGGGCCCAUCCUAAUCUGUCCCAGGCCCAGACGAGUGCCAGUUCUGGUCCCAGCCCUUCCCUUGGCAGCUGCAGCCCACAUAGAAGGCUAAGCCCUGCGUAACCCAGAGAAAUAAAGAUGCCCCAGUAUGGCCUGAAUGUGG